AUGCGUCUCCCGGGAUCCCGGACCUCCUGCGCCCAGCUCCACUGCCCAGCGUCGGCUCUCUCGAUCUCCGCCGGGUCCCCGACCUCCUCGAGACCUCCAGGGUGGCCGCAGUCCGGGCCCCUUCGAGGGACCCCGCGGCCCGUCCGGGGCCUCGUGCGCCCGCGGGCGCUCCGUCUCCGGCUGCUGGCGCUUCUGUGGGCUCUGCUGCCGCCGGCGCGCGCUCCGAGUCCCAGCGCGCAGGACGUGAGCCUGGGCGUGGACUGGUUGACUCGCUACGGCUACCUGCCGCCGGCGGAUCCUACCCAAGCCCAGCUGCAGAGCCGCCAGAAGCUGCAGGAUGCCGUCAAAGUCAUGCAGAGAUUUGCCGGGCUGCCCGAGACGGGCCAAAUGGACCCGGUGACAAUAGCCACCAUGCACAAGCCCCGCUGCUCGCUGCCUGACAUCCUGGGGCCUGCCGGGCUGGUCAGGCGCCGUCGUCGCUACGCUCUGAGCGGCAGCGUGUGGAAGAAGCGAACCCUGACGUGGAGCAUCCAGUCCUUCUCCCAGAGCUCGCAGUUGAGUCGGGAGACCGUGCGGACCCUCAUGAGCUAUGCUCUGUCUGUCUGGGCUGUUGAGUCAAACCUCACAUUCCAGGAGGUAGAUUCUCAGCAUCCGGAGCCUGACAUCCUUAUCCACUUUGCCCGGGCCUACCACCAGGACAGUUAUCCCUUUGACGGGCCCGGUGGUACCCUGGCUCAUGCCUUCUUCCCUGGGGAGCACUCCAUCUCUGGAGACACUCACUUUGAUGAUGAGGAGACCUGGACCUUCAGGUCAGAAGAUGACAAAGGAAUUGACCUCUUUGCAGUAGCAGUUCACGAGUUCGGCCACGCCCUCGGGCUCGGCCACUCUUCUGCCCCCGGCUCCAUCAUGCGGCCCUUCUACCAGGGCCCAGUGGGCGACCCUGACAAAUACCGCUUGUCCCAGGAUGACCGUGAAGGACUGCAGCAGCUCUAUGGAAAGGCAUCCCAAACUCCGUCCAAGCCCACAAGGAAACCCCUGGCUCCGCCCCCCAGGCCUCCAGUCAUGCCCCCUGACAGCCCCUCCACGCCGGUGCCUGACCGCUGCGAGGGCAAUUUUGAUGCUAUCGCCAACAUCCGAGGGGAGAUCUUCUUCUUCAAAGGCCCGUGGUUCUGGCGCGUCCAGCCCUCAGGCCAGCUGGUGUCACCCCGGCCCGCUGGGCUGUACCGCUUUUGGGAGGGGCUGCCAACCCACGUGAGGGUCAUCCAGGCCGCCUACGCCCGACCCCUGGAUGGCCGAAUCAUUCUCUUCAGUGGCCCUCAGUUCUGGGUGUUCCGGGACCGGCAGCUGGAGGGCCCGGCGCGGCCCCUGGCUGAGUUCGGGCUGCCCCCGGGCGAGGAGGUGGAUGCCGUGUUCUCGUGGCCUCUCAACGGCAAGACCUACCUGAUCCGGGGCCAGCGGUACUGGCGGUACGACGAGGCGGCUGCGCGCUUGGACCCCGGCUACCCUCGCGUCCUGAGUCUCUGGGAGGGGGCGCCCCCUGCCCCAGACGAUGUCACCAACGACAACACAGGCGACACCUACUUCUUCAAGGGCACCCGCUUCUGGCGCUUUGCCAAGGGCAGUGUCAAAUCUGAGCCGGACUCCCCCCAGCCCAUGGGGCCCACGUGGCUGGACUGUCCCGACCCCAGCUCGGGUCCUCGAGUCCCCACCCCCUCGAAAACGACCCCCCAAACCAGAAGCUGUAAUUGUCACUGCGAGCUCAAUCAAGCCUCGGAGCAGCUCUUCUCCACGCCCCUGCUGCCCCUGCUGCCCCUCCUGCCCCUGCUGGCUGGAGCCCUCUUUUCGUGCUGAAACCCGGCCCUUCCCAGCUGCAGG